GAAGCUAACAUGCGCCAACUGGGAUAAAAUACGCAGCAAGGGAAUCCGGGGGCCGGGAGUCCCAGCAGCAAUCGUACGGUCUAAAAGCAGUCUCGUCAAGCAGGGCGCUAAGCCAUACCAGCGCACCUGAGCACGUCGGUACGAGAGUAUACUAUCUUGCGCAUGAUCAAAAUGUCCCUCAAACCUAAGCGAAUUUUUCCUAAUCUCUCUCUCUAGACUGUGGUGCUCUUCAUGGCCAAUCCUGCAGUCUUGCGGUUACAGGUUCUAUUGUUCAUUUCUUGACUCAAUCUAAGAUUUCAUUUCUGCAAUUCUUUUGAUUUCCGAACUUAAUGUAGUUUUAACCAGAACAAAGCCCCGAACGGUUCCACGGCAAUUUUCAAUCUAGGGUUUGAAUAGCUAUUGUUUCUUUAUGCCUUGGAUUGGAACUUCUAUCAACAAUGUUGUAUGAUUGAGUAUCGCAGCCUGUAUGUUUGAUUUUUUAUCUUGGGGGUUUUGAAUAUUGUUUGGAAUGAGGGAUGUUGAGAUACCCACUUGGCUAAAAGGGAUGCCGCUGGCCCCUGAAUUUCGCCCAACUGAUACCGAAUUUGCUGACCCAAUUGCUUAUAUAUCGAAAAUUGAGAAAGAAGCUAGUGCUUUCGGUAUCUGUAAGGUCAUACCGCCAUUGCCAAAACCUUCAAGAAGAUAUGUUCUUUCGAACUUAAACAAAUCGCUUUCAAAGUGCCCCGAAUUGGUUUCAGAUUUAAAUUCUUCAGAUGUCAUGUUGAAACCAAAUUCUGGGGAUAAUGGUAAUGAUGGAGAGGUACGGGCUGUGUUCACUACUAGGCACCAGGAAUUGGGUCAGAGUGUGAAAAGAGCUAGAGGAUCAGCUCAGCCACAGCUGUCAGCUGUUCACAAGCAAGUGUGGCAAAGUGGGGAGGUUUAUACAGUGGAACAAUUUGAAUCCAAGUCUAAGGCUUUUGCAAGAAGCGUAUUGGGUAUGAUCAAGGAUGUUUCUCCAUUAGUAGUUGAGAAACUGUUCUGGAAAGCUGCUUCUGAGAAGCCUAUAUAUGUGGAGUAUGCGAAUGAUGUGCCAGGGUCUGGUUUUGGUGAACCAAAGGGACAGUUUCGGUAUUUCCAUAAACGCAGGAGGAAGAGGAAGGAGACUUUCAAUCGCAAUAAUCGAGUAAAAUCUGAUUGCAAGGAAGAAGAGGCAGAUACCGUAGGGAAUCCCCAGUAUGAUGGAAAGAACAUUGCAGCCAUAAAAAAUAAACCAGAUUCAUGUUUAGAGCCCUCUAAUCCAGAUCAAUCAUUAGAGCCAUCUAAGGCGUCCUCUAGUUCAUCAACACUGUUAUCAUAUGAAACUUCUCGAUUAUCUAGACAGAAGUGUUUGGAUACUGGCAAUGAGAUGGAAGGUACUGCAGGUUGGAAGCUUUCAAACAGUCCUUGGAACUUACAAAUAAUUGCAAGAUCACCUGGCUCACUUACACGUUUCAUGCCGGAUGACAUCCCAGGUGUCACUUCACCGAUGGUCUAUAUUGGUAUGCUGUUCAGCUGGUUUGCUUGGCAUGUUGAAGAUCAUGAGCUUCAUAGCUUGAAUUUUCUUCACACCGGUUCUCCUAAGACUUGGUACGCUGUCCCUGGAGAAUAUGCAUUUGCUUUUGAGGAAGUCAUUCGUACUCAGGUUUAUGGAGGGAAUCUUGACCGCCUAGCUGCUCUCACACUAUUGGGCGAGAAGACUACUCUUCUAUCACCAGAGGUGGUUGUGGCCUCAGGCAUUCCUUGUUGCAGGUUGAUACAGAACCCUGGUGAAUUUGUUGUGACGUUUCCAAGGGCUUACCAUGUAGGAUUUAGCCAUGGUUUCAAUUGUGGAGAAGCUGCUAACUUUGGAACUCCACAAUGGCUUAAAGUAGCCAAGGAAGCUGCAGUGCGCAGAGCUGCUAUGAACUAUCUUCCCAUGCUCUCUCAUCAGCAGCUGCUAUACCUAUUAACCAUGUCUUUUAUUUCAAGAGUGCCGAGAUCCUUCCUACCAGGGGCACGGAGUUCUCGCCUUAGGGAUCGCCAAAAGGAAGAAAGAGAGUUGUUAGUGAAGAAGGCAUUCAUAGAAGACUUGUUAAAUGAGAACAAUUUAGCAUCUGUUCUUCUUGGAAAACAAAAAACUUACCAUGUGGUAUUGUGGGACCCUGAAUCACUGCCAUCUCCUUGUAAAGAUUCUCAGUUGUGUGCGUGUGUUGUCACUGAUGGUCCUACACCAACAGAAAAUGGUCCAUCAGUUCAUUCCAAGAGUGAUAAUAAUCAGAAUGAUCUAUUCAACCAGAUGCAAUUGUAUAUGGAGACCGUGAAUGAUUUAUAUGUGGAAGAUGAUUUGUCCUGUGAUUUUCAAGUUGAUUCAGGGACAUUGGCAUGUGUUGCUUGUGGUAUUCUUGGUUUCCCUUUCAUGUCUAUCGUACAACCGUCUGAAAAAGCAUCCAUGCAACUAUUGCCUGCGAACCUUAUUUCGGCUGAAGAAGGAAUUGGAGUUUCAGAACCUCUGAAGUCCCAUUGCCCAGACCUCGUUGACUGUUUUACGGGCUCUAGUUCAGGGAAUCUUCCUUCUGUUCCUGUUCCCCUGCCUUCAGAAAAUAUGCCUGUACCUUCAAUAACCAAGUUUCCCGAAGGAUGGAAUACUUCCAAUGGAGCUGCAAGACCGAGAAUUUUCUGCCUCGAACAUGCUGUUCAAAUUGAGGAGAUGUUGCAGUCUAAAGGUGGGGCAAACGUGCUUGUAAUUUGCCAUUCAGACUAUAAAAAAAUAAAGGCACAUGCUGUGGCCAUAGCAGAGGAAAUUGGUAGCUGUUUUGAUUACAGUGAGAUUUCAUUAGAUAGUGCAUCUCAGGAAGAUCUGAACUUGAUCAAUCUUGCAAUCGAUGGCGAAGAUCACAACAAAUGUGGAGAAGACUGGACCUCAGAACUGGGUAUUAACUUGCGGUACUGUGUUAAGGUCAGAAAGAAUUCUACAUCUAAACAAGUAAAGCAUGCAUUGACUCUGGCUGGGCUGUUUUCUGAUACAAUUCCAAGUUCAGAUUUUCUAAAUCUCAAGUGGCAGUUUAGAAAAUCUCGCUCAAUGCGUCAAUCAAGUCAUCGUAUCCAUCUGGAGCACUCGCAGGGCAUUCAAACAAAGAAAGAUGAAGGAAUUCAAACAAAGAAAGAUGAAGUGUUGGGAGGAAAGCUAGACAUUAACAUGGUUAGAAAGGAACAUAAAAUUAUUCAAUAUUCAAGAAGAAGUGUUAAGUCUAGACGAGGUAGUUCUGCGGGGGCUAGCCAAGCUGUUGAAUACCCCAAAAAUUUCUCUCAGGAAGAAAUUCCAUCAGCUAAUUUUGGAGAUUCUGAGAAAUUUGGUGGAAGCACAUCUGAAAAUAAACCUGAAAACAUUGAAAAGUUAGUGACUGAUUCUGCAGCAGUGGACGUCUCUUCUUUUGGAAAUUCUGAAAUGGAACAUGAGGUCCAAAUGCUUAAAGCCACUGGGUAUACGUGCAAUGAUUCAAACUUGGUUGGAAAUUCUGCAGAUAUAUAUGCUGCUGCUAUCCCCGUUGUUGAAAGUGUCCAGGCACAGUUUCAAAAUUUGGAGGAAAAUAUGGAGAACAGGGUUUGUAGUUUAGUAGCAUGCAAGAGUUCAGAGGUGCACCAUGAUGUUGACACGGUGGAAUCCAGUGAGAAAAUUGAGAGUUCUCUUGCCAUUGCCACCCCAACUGUUGAUAGAUUCGAGAUGCAGAUAGAGGGUCAAAUUAGAGAACAAGCCAAGGAGGCGGAGGAGACUUGUGGUUUAGUGACCCUGGAUUCUUAUGAAGGGCUGCCUCAGCAUGAUGCCAAGGCUGAUGGUGUUUUCAUAAAGGAGGUUUUGAAUGCUGCUAGCUGCCCACGUCUUGUUGACAUGGUUGUGGGACCCUGUGGUGUACAAAUAAAUGCUGAAAGCAAGAAAUCAUGCAUGAAUGGUGAGAUUUGUGGCUGUCCGGCCUUCGAUAUUGAAGUGCAUCAAGAAAUCCGGCCAAAUGAGGAAAAUGGGGAGGUGUCUGUUUUGAAUUGCAAUGAACCGAUAAGCCUGCCUUCUACCGUCUCAAUGGAAGGUACUGCUGAAAUCCCAGAGGAGACCUGUGCGGGAGAAGACAUGGGCAGUGAUGGUGGGAUCUCUUACUCGCAGGACAAUAGAAAUCCUGCGGAUGUUGACUUUAGCAUGAUAGACUCCAUAUCAGCGGCAAGAAGGCAUAGCAAAAGAAAGAGGGAAGUGGAGUUGCUGGUAGAAAAUGCACAGAGCAAAAAUGGCUUUAUUAGGAGUCCAUGUGAGGGAUUGAGGCCAAGGGUUAAAGUGGAUACGCCCAAACGAAGUGGGAUUGAUGAUAAAAUAGUUGAUGAUAAGCAGGUGGUGAGUAAGGUGAAGAAGUCAUCAGAUGGUUCAGUUCGGAACAAGGGUAAAAAGAAAGGUUCAGUUCCCAGAAAGGAUAAAAAAGAAGAUAAAAAAGGGCCUCACGGAUGCGACCUUGAAGGGUGCAGUAUGAGAUUCAAGACGAAGGUGGAGUUACUCGUGCACAAGAGUAAUCGUUGCCCCCAUAAAGGCUGUGGGAAGAGGUUCAGCUUGCACAAAUAUGCCAUGCUUCACCAACGCGUGCAUGAUGAUGAGAGGCCACUGAAGUGCCCUUGGAAGGGUUGCACCAUGUCGUUCAAGUGGGCAUGGGCCCGGACUGAGCAUCUACGGGUGCACACUGGGGAGCGACCAUACCAUUGUGAGGUUGAGGGCUGCGGCCUCGCUUUCAGGUUUAUAUCAGACUUCAGCCGGCAUAGACGUAAAACAGGGCAUUAUGUGAAUUUACCCUCCUGAGGACUUGUUUUUGCUCUGGCUGAUUCUGUUGUGUUGGGGCAUGUGGGAUUGGCAAUUCUGGGGGAGGGGGGGUUCCAAAGUCUACAGAAUCUCGGGUAGGCUCGUUGUGGGUUAGAGAUUAGACUGAUCCUUUGUAGGUGGGCAUUCUCCAAUUAUCCGAAUGCACCCGUAGUUGAGCACCCUGUUGAUCCUCUGUUUCUCUCUUUUUGGGUUGAUUUUCACAUUAUCAUGCCUAGGGCUGUAGAUCACGUGGAUGUGAUUAUUUGAGAUUAAUCUCUUAUUGGCUAGGAUUGGUGACCACACUAAUUGCAACAUUUAGGCAGGAGCAAAUGAAGGUGGGUGAGAGUGAUUAUCCGUUACAUGUUUAAAAAAGAAAGAUGUUUCUUCCACAUGAUGCCGGUAAUAGAGAAAAUGAAAUUUGGGGGAAAAAAAAAUCCAGGCAUUUUUAAUAAAACAGCAGUGCCAGUGCCUCUCA